AUGAGCGCUUCUCUCGGUCCUACGGUUGGCAAUUUGAAUCCUCUUUUGCAAUCGAAUAAAGCCAAUGGUAAGUCAACCUUAACCAAUAAAUCGAGACAGCAAACUAACUAUAGGGAAACUGCCAAUAUGGUUGGAAGAAACAUAAACUUAGGAUCCUUAAUAACAAACCCAGAAGCUCUUGGGUUUCAAAAAUUGCAACAUAGGCGUCGUGAGCCUCCAAGGUUCUUAAUCGGACAGCAACCGCAAUUGAAGCAAAGACCAUUCGUACAAGAUCCAUGGGAUAAAGCAAAUCAAGCUAAAAUGUUACAACUAGAAAACUCAAUUAGUGACAUGAAUGAAUUGUACGAAACAUUAAAAAAAAUGCGUGACAUGGAGCGUAAAGUAAUGGAAUCGAAAGGUUUAGUCGAUAAAGCCGAUUACGCAAAAGAUUUGAAUGAAGCGAUUAUAUUUCAAGGUACUUGUCAGGAUAUGUGUCCAAUUUUUGAAAGAUCAAGAAGAAAUGUCGAAUCAUCUUUAUUUUCUUAUGAAAAGGAAAAGCAAAGUGAUAAGAAAGCUUCUCGUGCCAAGGCUUUGAAAGUUUUUGCCAGACCAGCUGCUGCUGCUGCACCUCCACUACCUUCUGACGUACGCCCUCCUCACGUUCUGGUGAAAACCCUCGACUACAUUGUAGAUAAUUUACUAACUUCACUCCCAGAAGGCGAAAGAUUUCUUUGGGAUAGAAUGAGAUCUAUACGACAGGAUUUCACUUAUCAAAAUUAUUCCGGACCUGAGUGUGUCGACUGUAACGAACGUAUCGUUAGAAUUCAUUUACUUAUACUACAUGUUAUGGUCAAGUCUAAAGCGGAAUUUUCUUUGCAACAAGAGUUAGAACAAUUGCAUAAAUCAUUGAUUACUUUAUCCGAAAUUUAUGAUGAUGUCAGAGCUAAUGGUGGUGAAUGCCCAAAUGAAGCAGAAUUUAGAGCCUAUUCUCUAUUAAGUAAGAUACGAGAUCCUCAAUAUGAUAGAACCGUUUUAAGCUUACCACCUAACAUCUUACAGAAUGAUCUGGUACAAUUGGCUUUAUGCUUUAGAAGAAUUAUAUCCAAUUCUAAUUAUAUUGAAAGAGGAUACGUCAGAACAGAAAAUUCAUUAAAUUUCUAUGAACGAUUUUUCAGUUUACUUCAAUCAAAGGAAGUUCCCUUCCUAAUGUCGUCCUUCUUGGAGACUUAUUUGGGCGAAAUAAGGUUUUACGCCGUAAAAGCAUUAUCCCAUUCAUUAAAUAAAAAGCACAAACCAAUACCGCUCGACAACCUACAAAGCAGAUUACUUUUCAAUACACAAGAGGAAUUAGUUGAAUUUUGUGAUUAUUAUUCGAUUCUCAUCGUGGAUAAUGGUGCAGACUUAAAAUCUCUUAUUCACCACUCCCACAAACUCCCAGAGACUCAGCCAUUGAGUCAAAGCUAUUUACAGAGUGUGGAAGAUAAACUACAAGCUACGACCUACAGUAAUUUAAUUAAUUCAGGAAAACCUAAUUUCGAUUCCAUUCCUGACGUUCAGAUGGCAACUCCAAAUGUAAUACCUUUACCAAAGAAACUCACUGAAAUACCGAAGAGCUUACCAACCGUGCCAAUACCUAUUAAUAAUGGUCCCAUCAGCACCCUACCAGAAAAGGUGCCGUUACAAGGAAGUAAAAUAAGUACCUCUUUUGGCUUGACUAAUAAUAAGCUGAGUAAUACUUUGGUUUCACUCCCACAGACGUCAAAGAAGGAAGUUUUCUCAGCACCUGCUUUUAACUUGGCACCCUCAUUUAACAAAGAUGAAUCUAAAAUAACAAAUGAGUUAAACGAACAAAAACCAGAAGUCGCUAAACAACAAGUGGGAAUAUCAGAGGCGCAAAGAGAUGACGAAAUUAGGAAACUGAAACGAAAAGAGGAAAUAGAUAGAGCAGUCGGUGAUAUAUAUGAAAGUUUGAUUCGCGGUGUUGUAAAGGAACACGUCAAGAGGGCUGCUGAAUCAUGUCUCAAUGAACAGAAGAUACGUGCUGGUUUGAUUGAUAAUUUGGCCGAAAACUUGUACGAUGCCUUCAUACAUGAGAAUUUAUAUACCGUUUAUCUUGAUUCAAAGGCAGAAGUGGCACAUAAUAGAACUAUUACAAGAAACGCUUUUAACAAGUGGUAUAAAAAAUAUCAAGCUUUGCUGAAACAGAAGGAAGUGGACACUCAGCGUAGAAUGCAGCUUGAAAAUGUCGAAAGACAAUUGGGUGUACCUUCGGUAAAAAAGAUCAGACGAUUACUGGAUACACCUAACAGUGAUACAAAUUCUUCUUUUUUUUCUUCAGAAAGGAAGCGUAGAAACAUAUUUUCUCCAGUUAGUAAUGAAAUAAAUACCUUCUCGAAACAGUUAAACAAAAAAAGCGAACUGUGGAGGCCAUUGGACAUAAAAGAGUUGUAUUACGACAAACUAAGCACAAAGGUACCCCGCAACCUAAAAUCUGUCGCAGAUGUGCUAAUAUAUUCUAAAAACUGGACUUCAGUUGCCAAUACCUGGAUAAAAAGUAAAUUUAACCUGCAGGAAUCCAAUAUUCCCAUUGAGUAUAAAAAUGACUAUUUACGAAUGCAGGUUAAAUGUGUCAGUGAUGACUAUCAUAAUUUCGAUUUUUCUAACGUUCAAUUACUUGUAUUUAACACUGGUGUUACAGAUUCUGAUAUUUUCGAUUUAGAAAUGAAGAUACAACAGGAUGGUGAAGAAUUGAUAAAAUUGAUGACGGAGAUCUCCCUGAAUACAAACAUAUGCUUUAAUCUAUUAAUAGUUUACUGGGAAUCAUCCGAAACUUCUUUGGAUCAUAACGCUAUCUUUAAAUAUUUGAAGAUAAACAGGAUUGUUAAAAGUCUCAGUGGAAUCCUCGAUAAUAUUGGUUUUGUAAAUAUAUCAAGUUCCUCUCCACAUAAAUCGUUAGAAGAAGGAUUGAAAAAGAUGUCAUCCACUUUCACUUAUAAAUUAACAGAGAGGGGUAAAGAUCAACUGAAUAAGAACAGCAAAAGAUCAUUGGCGGGCAUUUAUGCAAAAAAUGACAAUUUGAAGUCAAGCGAAUUUAUUGAUGAGAAAAUGCGAAAAAUGCUCGAACUGGAGAAACAAAAGCUAAACAAGGAACUUAAUGAGAAGAAUAUGUAUGCCCAUCUAAGGUCACACGUUACAGCUUCACCAAAAUUGAGGAAGAGGAAAUUACCCGUGUUGCUAUCCGAGACUAAGACAAGUUCUAAGUUCAAAACUCCAUUAAUGAGUAAAUUUUCUACAUCAUCAUCACCACCUCUACCAUCGCACUUGGUGACAAAGGUGAGACGGACGGGACGUAUACCUAGUUACAAUGGCCAUCUUGCCCCAGGAACACCAUCCUACAGUAGAAACGUACCAGUUUCAUAUGGAAUGUCACAACAGACACCUGUAGCAACAUUAGAUUCUACUAGAUAUUUCAGCGGCAAUCUCUCAAAUCUAACUUUUAACCAAAGUGUUCAAGACUCAGCAUUAUUCCGUACGCCUUCCCAAGCUAUAGUUGGCUCAGAUGACUCAAAGAUUUCUAACGCUCCAAAUGAAUUGAAGGAAAUCGGAGAGUUGAAGAGUCUUAUCGAGAGCGUGCGGAGAAAAGUACGCAAGGACAGCAUAUAA